CCAGGACCAACUGCAGGCACUUCCUCAGCCUGACAAAGAGAUUUUCAACCUGAAAGCUGGCAUCCCGGGCAGCUAAUCUGAGCACACCGGGAGCCUUACAACUGCACAGUAACCAGCAAGCAUCAGGCCUAUCAGGUAGGUCUGGGCUUUCCCCAACCAGGACUGUGUGUGCAUGUGUUAGCUGGAGGUUAUGGUGCCUCCUACCCACCUUCACCAGAGGAUCAUCGGUCCUGGCAUUUAUGGGGCUGCCACACUGCCAGCCGUCCCACCAGGCCUUGGCAGGAUGCAGUUUUAGUGGUCAUGCCCAGGACCUGAGCCUUCUUCCCCAUAGCCCCAAACCCAUACCUCCAAAUUUGUCUUGGCAGAGGAAUGAGCUCAGCAGGGACAUGUUCUUCCCCUGCUGGCUGGUGAUGCAGUUAGUGCCCCCUCAAGCUGAGAGUGGGGCAUUACCUAGUUUUUAAAAUAAUGAAAAAAGGAAAUAGAUGUGGACGGAGUGAGGAGGCUGGCAUUCAGUCCAUCUGCACCUGGAGCUUGGGGAACACCAGCUGCUCCACCAAACCAUCAUCCAAGCAGUGCGGGUGGGGUGUCAUUACAUCCCCAGUGAUGCUGAACACUCUCUUGCUUGGCACACUAGUUGGUGGACAGGACAGGUGUUGCUGGGCAACUGUGACCAGAUCUGACCAUACUGGGCUGCGGCUUGCCCAGUAGGCCAAGGGGUCACACAGCAGCAGCUCCACAUCCUUGGCAAGAUAGGCAGCCACCAAGGCAUGAGUGCUUCCUGCCUGAUGCUGGGGUCUGGUGGCUCUGGACCCCACCAUAGAAGCCAUGCCCUUAGCCUAUAUUAGCAGUGCCUGUGGUGGAGGACAAGACUGGCUCGUGGAUGGUAUGCUAGCAUGGGACAGUGGAUCCCUCUGUUCCAUGUCCCCCUCGCCUCUUCCAUUCUGCCUCCCUGACUUUCUUUACCAGCAUCUCCGUCCACUGAUUCAGUGUUUGGCUGCCACAUACAGUGCCCUUUGUGGCAGAAAUGCCACCGUCUGUGUCCCUCUCCAGAAAUCUGUUUCUGCCAGCGUGAGAGGCUGGUGUUGAAUUCCUCAGGGAGGGGGAUCACAAAAGCCUGGUGCCUCGGGUGUGGAUUCUCUGGUCACCCGGGAAGGGGGAGGGAAAAGCCCCGCUCACCGGCCCAGGUGACCCGUGAUGAUUUUUAAAUUGGUUGGCUAGUGGCUAGCACUGGCAGCUUCGAUUGGACUGGGCUGCUGAGGUCAGAAAGGUUAUUUAAAGGCCUGGUCCAGGAAGAAGGCAGCCAUUAGCCAUGCGGUCAUCCAGGUGAAUCUGAAACUGGCAGAGGACCUUCACCAUCUGAAACUGGCUCUCUCUUCAUAACCGUAUGCUCAAAGAGUGACCUGCCUCCAGGGGAAAACUCCAACCACCUCUGGAUGAUGUGUGUGAGUAAGCUACUCGAGAUCCGAGUAGCUAUUUAGCUUACAGUAACUCAGAUGUGUGAUUAAAAGGGCUACCUCAGCCUUGCUGGUUUGCUCUAUGGGAUUCCUCUGAUAUUCCUAUGAUACUGCUCUACCUUUUACCCUGUUUUCACCCUACCCCCUGUAAUCAAUAAAGUUUUCCUUUGUGACCGGUGUGGGAGACUUAUUGAGGGGUGUGUCUAAAUUAUGCCGAGGAGGCCCCUUAGGUCUGUGGACUAAGGGUGAUUUUCCUAUUAAGCCUCUGACUUGGGGAAGUGCCCCAAGUGACUGUAUUGGGUCUAGUACCAAGUGAACGAUCAGGCCUGUGUUUUCCAAGGUGCGCAGAGCCAGAAUUGAGUCCAGAGCCUUGGAUGGUGGCAGUGGGAACCCCAGGCUAGCGGGUGUGCUCCAGGGAAGGGGUCGGCCAAACGUGAGGCACCCCAGGGAGGGCACUUGGAGCCUGGAAGGUGGUCGGACGCAGUGAGGUGGGCGGCUCAAUGCAGAAGCGCCCUCUACUGGCCCGCCACACCCUUCACCCUUGGGUCACACAUGGCGGCCAGGACAUGGACUAUACUGGACCGCAAGGGAUCAAGCCGUUUCCUGUUGCCCUCCUUCAGCUGCCUCACCAGUGCCUGCACGUCUGAUGGAAGCGGCCUGCCCGAGUCAGGAACAUUGAUCCCCUGGAAGCUCUCCAUUUGGCUCUGAAGUUCCCUCACUAUGGGGAUCACCUGGCUAAGGAGGGCAUCAGCAGCACUGAGUCUCUUGGUGGCCUCGAGGAAGGGUCUGAGGACCACCAAGAUCUGGGAGAUGGUAUCCCCCUCAGUUUUGUUCAGGGGGCCACUGAUCCCGAUCUCCCCAAUCAGGGCCAUCUCAUGGAUGGCCUUCUGUUUCUCCACCAGCCUCUUGAGCAUCAGGUAUGUGGAGUUCCACUGAGUCUUUAUAUCCUGCAUGAUAUUUUGCUGCGGGAUGUUCAGUUCUGUUUUUGUCCCACAGCAUCUUGCCCCUCUUGAUGCUCCAGUGGAAGUAGUCUGUCACCUUCCUGUAUUUGGAAAUGAGCUUACUGCAGCCCUGUCCCCCCUCCAAGGUGUCCCUGACAACAGGGUCCAACUUGUGUGCCACACAGUGAUAGAUAGACAGCUUCCGAGAGCAAGGACGGCAUCAACAGCUCGAGCUCCAUCGGCUUCACCUCAGUCUAUUCGACUGCCUUCAGUUGAUUUGGAUAAUAAAAAUAGGUCAAACCCACCUACACCUUUAAGCAGUAAGCCACCUUUUUACACAAGUGUUGAGCGUGCAGAAAGGGAAAAGGCUGAAUUACUUGGAAAGAUUGUCAAAGUACAUAAAAAGCAGACAUUUGCAUCAAGAGUCAAACGUCGACAGUCUAGAAGAGCGCUGAACUUGGAACUUGAAGAAGAGAUUCAUAUUCCAGAGGAAAAUGAGUACGCUCGUUCUGAUCCCAGCCGGGCUUUUACUGUUGCAAAAACUUGCCAUACUAACAAACAGUCUGUAAGAAAUUUUAUCAAUGAAAGGAAGGAAAUAUUUCGACUGCAGUAUGCAAUAACAGUAAAACAAGGAACUAUAGAGGAGCUGGAAAGAACAGCACUCCAGAAGGAGAAAGAGUUCAGGGUUGCUGAAGAAAAGCUGAAAGAAGAUGCCAUCGCAUUCGAGGAAUUCCUGAAAGCAAAUGAUGGAAGUUCUGCAAAUGCAGCUAAAAUUGUAGCCCAAGAAAAAAAAUCAAAAGAGCAAGCAGCGGGAGAGCUCAAAUCAGCUCUUAAUGAACUCCGUGUUGUUCAAAGACAAAUUGCAGAAGCUGAAGUCUGCCUCAAUGACUACUUAUACUAUGAAGCAUUUUUAAUGAAACUGUCUCCAAAAGAAUGGCAAGAUGAGCAAAAUGCAAAAAAGAAGAAAGCAAGAGUAGAAAAAUUACAUAAACCACAGUGUGGGCCAUUGCCUUCAAAGAAGCUGUCAGGAUCAAAUUUGGCACUACCUGAAUUCCAAUCAAUAUUGACUAAUAGGAAAAUGUCAUCACCCAGGUAUGACAAUGAAAAAAACUUUACAGAUUAUGAAUGUUUCUUGGACGACUUAAACUGUGAUAUGGAACCAGAGAUAUAUUUCAGUGAUCCAAAACAGUUACUGGAGAUCUUCACAGAUCUAGAGGAACAAAAUCUUGCAUUGAUUCGCGAUACCGAAGACCUAGCAGAAAUACGGGAUGAUAUCAAACAAACAACAAAAUCUAUAAAACUAAAAAUAGAUGAAAAAGUAAAUAUUCUACUAGCACAAAAAGAAACUCUAGAAGCUGCCUGCCUCAGAGAAGAGGAAAAAAGUGCUGAGCUGGCUCUUAGGGCCAAGAUGUUUUCUUUUGGGGAGUUUAAUCCAGAAGUCCAGGACAAGACAUUGCAUAUGCUCAGGAAAAAGAUUGAAGAAGUAUACAGAGUUAGUUCUGGAGAGAUGGAGACAACACACAUUAGUGCAAUUGAAAUGCUGAGACAAAUAGAAAAUAGGGUUGAGGAGCUGUGUGAUAUAAUAGAGACCAUUCCAAAAGAAACUAUUGAAGCAAUUGAGAAAACUAAGAGAAAGGAAAGAAGACAAAGGUUGCGUGAAGAAAAAGCAAAGGAAGCAAAGAAAAUUCAGGAAGAACGUCUGAAGUGUUCUCUGCAAAGAGCAAUAGCAGAACCCAAGAAAAAGGUGGGAAGACCACUGGUAUAUCGGUCAAAGCCUCCAGACCUUAAAAAAGAUGCAGGCCGUCAAAACAUCAUCACAAAAACUCAAGAAGACGCAUGGUUUUUCAUUUAAGUUUGGAGAUUGUGGUUAGAUACACUAUUGCAGGGGUAUCUUUUUACUCACUUUACCUAAACUAUAACCAAUUCAUAGCCUUUACUAUAUUCUAUUAAUGGAGAAUUUACCAAAUUCAAUUAGGCAGGUAAGGUUCUUUGAGUAGAUAUGAUAUCUUUUAUUAGACCAUCUGAGUAGUUGGAAAAAAUUUCUCAGCAAGCCUUUGGGCUCAGUCAGCCUUUUUCAGGCGUAGGGAGUCUGCUGUUCUGAGACUCCAAGGAAUGAGAGAAGCUAAAAAUGUGGCAGGAUGUCAGUGAGAAUGUAAAUAGGAAGAAAUUAGAAAGGCAAAAGGUAAAGCAGAGAAGGGAGGAGGAAGGCAGGGGAAAGAAAAGGGAGACAUUACAGUGAUAGAAUGGGGUGGCGGGGGCUGUGGGUUUUGCCCCGUUGACUGGAAUGCCGGUUGUGAGAGAGCUGCCUGGAUCACUCAAUGGGCAUGUUUGCACCUGCUUCCCAUGUCUGCACUCAAUGGGAGUAAAAAGAAAAAGGUAAAGAGAGCACAGGUGAAAAGCUUCUGAUUUGAUAAAGGGUACAACAUGUUGUAGUGAGUCCUGCUGCCAUCCCUAACUGCUGGCGUGGGAUCAAGCUCUACUGGUACAAUGCCUCGGUAGGCUCGGUCAGAAGUCUCUGUAUGCUUAGGGAACAUGAAUGAUGGCAUUUUCCAUGCUCCCACCCUUGCGAUAAAGCGGCAGUUUGCCGUACCAGUACUGCAUAUGGCAGCCUGCAAUCCUCUCUUCCUUCACCUCCACUGCUCCAUGGGCGCGGCAGCAGCUCUGCACUUUGGCCCGCCGCUGGCCUGCGGUCUGUGGCGAUGGCUCCACACUCUGGGCCGCCGCCGGGCCACCGCCGCCGCCCCACACUCCACGGCAGCUCCGCACUCUGGGCUGCCGCCGCAGCUCCGCGGGGGUGGCUCCGCACUCUGGGACACCGCCGCCACCCUGUGUUCCGCGGCGGUGGCUCCGCACUCUGGGCCGCCACCGCCCGCGGAGCGGCAGCGGCUCCGCACUCUGGGGCAACGCCGCCACCCCGCACUCCGCGGCGGUGGCUCCGUGCUCUGGGCAGCUGCUGCCACCCCACACUCCACGACGGCUCCGCACUGUGGGCUGCCGCCGCCACCCUGCGCUCCACGGUGACGGCUCUGCACUCUGGGCCACUGCUGCCACCCCACACUCUGCGGGGGUGGCUCCACACUCUGGGCUGCUGCCGCCCCGUGCUCCGUGGUGGCGGCGGCUCUGCACGCUGCCGCCACCCCGUGGCGACGGCUCCGCACUCCGGGCUGCCGCCGCUGCCCAACACUCCGGGUCGCCACCACCGUCCACUCUGUGGCGGAGGCUCCGCAUUCUGGGCCAUUGCCACCACCCCACACUCUGUGGGCGGCUCCACACUCCGUGCCACCGCCGCCCCCACGCUCCGCAACGGUGGCUCUGCACUCUGGGCCGCCACCAUCCCACGCCCCACAGCCGCUCCGCAUUCUGGGCCACCUCACAGAGCGUCAUUUAUGUUCCCUAAGCAUACAGAGACUUCUGAUCCAGCCUACUGUGCUCCGUGGCAGCGGCUCUGCACUCGGGGCCGCCUCUGCCCCCCCCCCCGCACUCCGCAGUGGCGGCGGCUCUGCACUCCGGGCUGCCGCCCCCCCCCGCACUCUGCAGCGGCAGCUCCGCACUCCGGGCUGCCGCUGCCCCCCCCAUGCUCCGCCGUGGUGGCUCCGCGCUCUGGGCUGCGGCGGCGGCUCCACACUCCGGGCCACCGCCGCCCCCUCCACCCUGCGCUCCAUGGCGGCGGCUCCGCACUCCGGGCUGCCGCUGCCUCCCCCGUGCUCCGCGGCGGCGGCUCCGCACUCUGGGCCACUGCCGCCGCCACGCUCCAUAGCAGUGGCUCUGCAAUCCUGGCUGCCGCCACCCCCCCACACUCCGCGGCGGUGGCUCCGCAUUCCGGGCUGCCGCUGCCCCCCCCAUGCUCUGCAGUCGUGGCUCCGCGCUCUGGGCCGCAGCAGCGGCUCCGCACUCCGGGCCGCUGCUGCUCCCCCCGUGCUCCGCGGCAGCGGCUCCGCACUCCGGGUCGCUGCUGCCACCCCCCCCGCGCUCCACGGCAGCGGCUCCACACACCCCAGGUGAGUUCCCCUUUGUGAUAGAGAACCCCAAACUGCUCUAGCACUACUAAGUCCACCGCCUCUUCUGCCUUUUUACUGUUGGGCUGUAUCCACCAGGUGGCCACAUCCUUUAGGAUCUGAGCUACUACCCUGGGCCACAACUCUUCCAUUUUUUUCCUUGCCCUAAAUUUCUGUUGGUAUGUUUCAGGUGAAAUUUCAAGCCUGUUUAAUAUGGUGGCUUCUUUCACUUUUCCAUAACACCUGGCCUCUUCCCGUGAUAGGGCCUUGUAUGCCGCCUGUGCUGGCCCUGUCAAUAAGGGGCCUAACUGUAUUGCCCACUCCUUUCUGUCCCAUCCUGCUGCUAUUGCUGUCAUUCUUGGAAGGCUUUGAGAGCCGCAUCUGAUGAUGUAGAGGCAUUUAAUUGAUAGCCUAGUCCCCUCCACUCCAGCGUGAAUAGCUAUAGGUCAGGCCUCUAGCUUCUCACUCGGCUCCUGCUGCUGUGACAGUAUCAUUAUCCUGGCUUCUGCCUCUUGGGCCCUUACCCUCACGGUCAGGAUAUUGCAGGGGCAACAGGUCCAAAUGGAAGAGCUAGUGAGGGUAAGGGCCUGUUGCCAAUCCACUGGUGGCUAUGUAUCCAUAUUCACCGCUUCUCUUUCCCUGUGGCCUGUAGGAAACUGACCGAGCUCUGCCCUUCUCCAGGGCCAGAAAUACCUCUGGGCAGCCUCCUUCCCCCAAACCUGAGUGAGAUGCUGCUCUGGAAGUGUAGUGUACUCUUCCCUUCACGGUGUGACAUGUUGUACCUGUGGCGGUCGAGUGGCAGGCCGGGCUGUGGCCAGUAGCCCGAAACGGCAGGUGGGUACUUUUUGACAGACGGAGAGGAACUAGGCACCGAAUCGUAUUGGUUAAACUAAGAUUGCUUUACUUACACUGUAGAUGAUUAUAAUACAGGUAGGCUGAAUGCUGACUUGGGUUACAGUUGCAACGAAGAAACAGAACCGAGCUAGCAGGGUAUGGGGUACGUCAGGAGAGGCGAUGACGGGGAGUCACUGGCAGGUGAUCAGUCCGCUAGGUUUUACUCUGAGAAAUGCGCGAGGUUCUCCGAGUUCUUUCAACUUGAGAAAUGUGCGGAGCUUUCCGAGUUCUCUGAGUUCUCCAGCUCCAAAGUGUUUGCAGAGUUCUCAGUGCGCGGAGUUCUCCAACGUGGGCGGAAACUGAUUUACCUUUUAUAUAGCUAGAAGGCCAAUCACCAGUCACUAAAUAUGAAUAAUAUGGAAGAAGCCAAUAGUGAUGUGCAGGUCUGCAUACAGUUGGCGGGAACUUUUUCUAAAGCUGUACUUUUCCAUGACAUAGCAUACAGUCCUUGGGUUGUGUCUCAGCGGAAUUUUCCACUGUGACCUAUUUUCCUCGCUGUGACCUAGUUUCUCCCUGUGCCAUAUGUAUCAAACCAAACCAAUGGAAUUUUCCACUAUGGCACAGGCAUGCAGACUAAAUGGGAUUUUCCACUGUGCCAGGAUUGUAACACACUGCCAAGUGAGGAAAUGGAACUUACCAAACUUAAAAGCAACGAUAGUUGCUAGGCAGAUUUCAUUGUGUCAGGGACACUUCUCAGUUUGGGUUAUGACAGUACCCUUUAUCAAACCGGAAGCUUUUCACCUGUGCUCUCCAGCUGCAGCUGUGCUGGCCCUCCAUGCUGCGAAUGUUUUUUGUUUGCAUUUCCUCCAUCUGUUGGUGCAAGCUGCUUUUCUUCUCCUGACCUCCCCUGCCCAGCAUGUGAGACACCUUGGGGCUUCUGUUUGCUCUCUGUCACUCCUUCACAAGCACGCUGGUUAAUAAAGUGCCAGAUAGCACAGUUUUUACUGUAUCUACAUUCUCAAUGACAUCCUGCCACACUUUUAGUUUCAUUCCUUGGAGUCUCAGACCAGCAGAGACUCCCUGUGCUUGAAACUUUUUUCCAACUACUCAGUUGUUCUAAUAAAAGGUAUCAUCACAUCUACUCAAAGAACCUUGCCUGCCUAAUUUAAUUUACUAUAUUCUAUUAAAAGAGAAUUUACCAAAGGCCAACACCGCUACAGUGAGAAACCCACCAAAAAUCUACCAGAUUAAAUGAGGUAGUUAUCCAUAACCAACAAAAAAUCAUUAUUUCUCUUCUUUCCUUUGUAUUUCUGUAUCUAUCCCUCAUCUCCAUGAUCUCCCUGCGUGUUGUGGGGAAGUUGACAUGGCCAAUACUAGUCACUCACAUCUUUAUAAUCAUCCUAGGACUGGCAAACCUGAUUGCACAGUUCUUACUAUGAAAACUCUGUGGAUUUCACAAAUGAAAUGACCUUUGUGAGAUUUGAUUACAGCCUUGAACACUAAAUGCUAAGUACCGGUUCUCAUUCUGUUUCCACGUAAGAAAACUUGCAUUUCCGAAAGCAAGGGACAAAGAUGACUUUGCUACAGUAUUCAGGAGUUGGAAACUAAAUGCAUCUUGCUGUUUUGAAAAUGCUAUAUCGCAAUAAAUGGGUCAAAUUUUGUUCAUAAUUCAGUUCCAUUAGAUACAGGGAAGCUACAUCUGGGAUGAAUUUCACUUUCUAGAGAAACAUUUUCAUAUAGAUAAAAGAUGGUACAGUUUACUUUUAAACAGUUACCUUUCUUAUUUUGUGGAAUUCCCCUUUCUUCUAAGAAAUAACUGUUCCUACUCGUAACAAACAGGUUCUUGUCAUAUUGUACAGUGGUGAUUCUAAAUAUUAGUAUCUGCAGUGAAUUUUAGUGCAUUGCUUGGAACUGAACACAUGCUGCGGAAAGUGUUGUUUGUGAAACUAAUUUUACAACCAAUUGAAUUGCAAUACACCCUCCUGUACAGGCACUACGCAUUUGUUUAGUAACUUUACUUUCUUCUUGCAAAGUCUCUCAAUUAAAAAACACGUAGAAAGGAACUGAGAUACAGGCACUGUGUCUGGGCUCCCAGAAUAAGUGAUGUUGUGACAGUAGGCAACAAAUACAGAACAAAUUGGUGGCUCAACUGGAGUUAGAACACAGGCUCCAGGCCCUUUAGCAUCAGCAAUGCACAGCCCAAGAGCAGGAUCCAUCCUGCAGAGCCAAAGGACUUUGCUUUGAAUCCGCAUAGUCACCAAUUCCCCCAGCUCAUCGCUCACUGGCUGUAGGGUGGAGAGCUGGGGGCCUGGGAAAAGCAAUGUUAGUGCAGACCCAGCUUUUAGCUGCCUGGCCCUAGUAAGGGUGCAGGGAAAGACUCCAGCUGCUUGACAGGCCACCGAAGCUACCCACCCUACAUUGAACUAGAGCCAGGUUCUGGCCUGCAACUUGCUAAAGCUCGCCUGCUGCUGCUUUUGAAACUAAUUGUUAAGAUUAAAUACUCAGGUGCUUUCAUGAGACCUAAUCAUAGGUCAACAACUUUAAAUGUGCAGAGCAUUUCAUCAUCUCUGGUGUAGUCCUUGUAUCCCUGUAGGGUCACAGAGUAUGAAAAUAUAUCAUUGUGGAAAAACUGUUCUUCAACUCUGCUCUGCUGCAAUUCUUAGAGAGAUGUAGAUAACGCUGACAAAAUAGCACUCUUCAAGAUGGUACACUAAACCAGAUGAGAAUGUACUUUAAAAAAUUCUGUUUCUGUGUAGCUCCGCAAUAUUCAGUCUUAAAAAAGCAGUUGAGUUAAUCUAAAAAAUACAUAUACUAUAUAUUAUAUGCAAUGUAAACCAGAUUUUCAGAACCUGUGGUGCAAAAUUAUCAAUAUUAUUACUUAGCCAAGUACUACAGUGCCUGUAAACAAUCAGUUAGGUGGUUAAUUAGUCUAUUAUCUUUCCAAUUAAUGUUACUGCAUGUGCAGCUUGACACCUGUGGUUGUAAAAAUGUAAACCCGUGAAGGUUCUGUGGAUUCUAGUAUGAUAUUGCCUGAAGGAAACUUUUGUGCCUAUUUUUUGUAGUCCUAAAACUGGAAAUGUACAGAUAAAUUAGAAAUAAAGAUUGAGAUUUCUGUGAA